AUGCCGAUCAUUCCUCCUACCCUCGCCGUCCCGGGACCCUGUCACCCCAGCGGUAGCUGGUCUUGCCUCGGGCCCCGUUCGUCUCGGCCCCCCCCACCCGUCCUGCCUACUGCUUUGUGGCCGACGAGUCCCGGAGUCCUCUCCUUGCCCCUGUCUUUUCUGGCAUCGCUAGGCAGACCGAAGGCGGCUUAUCCCUUUUCCCAGCGUGGGGUAUUCCUUUCCCGUCCCGGCCCCGGGGGCUUGCGGAGAAGGGCGGGCGGAGGUGGUCCCGACCCCGCAGCGCCCCGCACCCUGCCCUGGCCUGCUGGUAUCUGUCCUCCCUGCCUGCAGACAGGGAAGCGGCGGAGGGGAGCUGAGCCCUCUCCCAGCCCCGAAAUGACGCAGCCCCUGUUCCAGCAUCGUCUCCCGUUUGGGCUGGCUCCAUUUCAGAAGCCGUCUCCCUCCACCCCCUUCUUCCCAGCCUUCCUCCUUCCUCCUCCUCCUCGCCUCACCGUCACUCUCAAACAACCCCCCCUCCCCACGCCUCGCUUCCCCCCGCCGCCCCAAACUCCUUCCUCAGGACCGUGGGAUGCGGGCGAGCUCUGGCCCACUCUUUUCUCCAGUCUUGGUGUGUGGAUUUCUCUCUCUCCAAGUAAUUCCUCAGCAUACCCUUGAAUGGCAUCUACCACACGUGCUAUGUGACAGAUCCACACAAACAACAGAGGGGAAAGAGCCUCACUUAACUGAUUAGAGGAGAGAAGCAGUGAAAGGGAAUAUGCACAAAGCACUGCCAAAUUCACAGAGCAAAGGAAAAGAUAAAAAAUAGAAUAAUUUCACUGGCCUUUUUUUUUUCUCCAUAGAGUAAUGUAAGGUAUUUUUUAUACUAGCACCAGGGAAAGAAUUUUCAGGAAAAAAUGUGAUUUCUUAAUUAAGGAUCUCUAAUUUAAAAUAUAUUCAUUUAAUAAAGACUGAUUAUGAUAGAAGCAACUACUCAUUCAUAUCAAUAAUUCAUUCAGAAGUAAACAAUAUCAACAUAUUAGCAUUUAUUUUUCCAUUUAAUAGGCUGUGAUUUAAAAUAAAUCUAAAUCAUCAUAAUCAUUCUGCUCCAUAUGCUGGGAAAGAAAAAGUCACCUUAAACCAGAUGCAUAUUGUGAAAAAAAGGAAAAAAAAGCAAAAAAGGAAGACAAGUUGUUCUAAAGAAACAGCAUAUGGGAGAAAAUCUUAAGCCUCAGUAAAGAUGCUCUGCUUUGUAGAUGGCAAUUUAGUUUUGAACUGAAAGAGGGUAUGUUUAGAUUAGAUAUUAGGAAGAAAUCCUUCACUGAGAAGCUGGUGAGGCACUGGAACAGGUUGUCCAGCAAAGCUGUGGAUACCCUAUCUCUGGAAUUGUUUAAGGCCAAGUAAGACGGGACUUUGAGCAUCCUGGUCUAGUGGAAGGUGUCCCUGUGCAAGGCAGAGGGGUUGGACUAGAUGGUCUUUGAAGUCCCUUCCAGCCCAAACAAUUC